AAACCAGGUUGUCAUAGUCAUUGCUCUAGUGCCAGUAGAGCAGAAAGGAGUUUGUACAACAGGAUCUACCACACUUAAAUGUUCCUUGCCAACUGUAAAGCAAGAAUGAAUCCUGAAGACAUGCAUGCACACUCGGAAAAUCUAUCAGUCUUUAAAAAUGACUCCUGCGAUAUCUUCAUUUUCCCUAAGACUGCCAAAGUCCUAUUUCCAAUUUUUUACCUAGCCAUCUUAAUAAUUGGCUUGAUGGGAAAUCUUCUUGUCCUUUAUAUCAUCUUUCAUAAUCAACUUAAAGUCAACUCAACAAGAAUCUACCUGGUCAACCUUGCUCUGUCAGACACUUUGUUUGUUUUGGCAUUACCAGGGAGAAUUGUUUACAACAUAAGAGGGUUUGACUGGCCAUUUGGGGACUUUCUUUGUCGGAUUAACGCUGUCAUUAUUUACACAAAUACAUAUGUUGGCAUUGGCCUUAUGACCUGCUUAAGCAUUGAUCGCUAUUUGGCAAUGGUUCAUCCUCGUCACUUCAGAAAACUUAGGAGUGUGGGAGUUGUAAAGGGUAUCUGUGUUUUAACAUGGUUUCUUGUCUUUUGCCAGACAGGUCCUAUGCUUUUCCAUAACAUGGUGAAAAACAUCAAUGGAAAGAGGUUGUGUAUGGAGUUCUUUGGCAUGGAUGGGCAUAAAAAUCUGCCCUACCUACUUCUUCUCGCGUGUGCUUUUAGCUAUGGAUUCCCUUUAGUGAUCAUCAUUUCAUGCUAUGUAAAAAUCAACCAUAAACUGCACAAAGUUGCACAGCAGAACACAAUGAGUGGCAAAUAUGGACAAAAUAAAAGAGCCUCUGGGAUUAUCUUCUCUAUUCUGCUGGCUUUUAUUUUAUGCUUCAGUCCAUACCACAUAAACCUUAUGCAGUUUAUGAUUAAGAAGCUUUAUUACCAACCCUCCUGCGAAGAACUGAAGAACUUCAAAAUGUCUCUUCAAGUUACUUUAUCGAUUAUGAACCUUAAUUCCACAUUGGACCCUGUCAUCUACUUCUUUGCAGUUAAAAGCUACAAGCAAAAAGUUAUGAGCAUCUUAAAGAGUCGCCUUUCUGCACCUGGUAUUUCUCUUAAAACGGGCUCAGAGAGCAUCAGCAACAGUUAGAGAGAAGCAGAAGGAGGAUCUGGAAGAAAUCCCCUAUCAAAGAAAGCCCAGCAGAAGAAUGUAGAUUUCUAACCUGUGUGGUGACCUGUACCUCAUUGGACUUUGCAGCUUUAAUGACAUUUCUAUAAAUAUUGUGGUGCAAAAAGGCCAUCUGACAUGUCAUGGAAUGGUGAAGCAAAUACUAAAUGAGUGUAAAUUAUAAGAUCUAUCUAUCUAUCUAUCACCCUGCUUUAAGUUUUUUCAUCAUGUGGAAAUUUUGGUCUUUAGAAACACUUUGAUCUUCCUUAUACUGAUUUUAAAGAUUGAUAUAUAUAGAGUUUGUCAAGAAAGAAAAAUGCUUGCUCUUUGUUUUUUUAAUGGAAGUGACUUUAUUGGAAUCUGUUUUAGUGUUUAAAUCAAUGUGAACAUUUUACUAUUUCUGCUUUUUUAAAGGAAAAGAUCUUAUGAAACUCAUAGAAUUAAUUCUAGACCUAGGUUUCAGGAGAUGGUAGACUUGACUUAUAAGCAUCUCAUAAGGUUGACAGAACUUCUCUUCUAAAGUAUGCUAUUUUGAACGGAACAAAGAAAGACUUUUAAUACUAAAAAUUGUUCCAGGUCACCUUAGAAGGACAGGAUGGUCAUAGUCAAUGAAAGUGUGCCAGCUUGGAGGCAAUAACGAGUAAUGAAAAGAGAGUGAUUUACAGUGCAGAAUUUGACCUGGCAUUACUGUUGUAAAACUGCUGUUUAUAAAUAAUAAAACAAGCAGAUGAUGACAAAUGUAUUCUUUCAAAGGUAAAAUGAAACAAUACUUACUAUUUAUGCUGAAACACAUUGAGAGGUUUCUCUAAGCUUGUCUGAAACAUAUCUAUCAACUUCACGAUAAACAUCAAUUUUUUUGUUUUUGAUGACAAAAAAAUUAAGAAACAAACAUUUCAAAAAUUCAGUUACUGAACUUUCUGUUUGGUCAUAUGAAAAAAGCAGUGAUAUCAAAGAGUCGUAAUAAUAAGCAUUGUGGUAAAUUUUGGAAUUUGCUUAUGACAAUAAAGUGCAUUAGAGUGAAGACUUUGAAAGUGUGUGGGUGUUGAAACAAGUUGUGUGUUCUAACAGGAGAGAGUGAGAUCGUUUUUCUUUAAUUUUCUGGUGGAUUUUGUUUAUAAAUGUGGAAUAAUAAGAGUUUGUACAGUGCUUAUAUAAAAUAGGAGAAAAUUAAUAUAGUGUAAAUAUUAUAAGCUUACCAAACUCCUGUUUGAAUCUGUAUGUGGAAUGGAGUAAGUAUUGUAUAGUGGUUAAGGUGUACCAAUAUUUUUGGUUUUUAAUUUCAAAUUUGU